GUCGUUGCCAUCGUCUUCCCUGUCAAAGUGUCAAUCCAAGUUGCAUGCAUCUACACAAGGCGUGUGUUCUGACCAAGCUGCUUGCUUUUAUGUGAUUCAUAAAACAACGCACACAUGCAGUUGCUGUCUCCUCGUAUACACUUCUUCAUUGCCUUCUCCCAGCUGCCAUCUUCUUCUCCAUGGCUAACUUUCUCUGCAUAUCUCUCGGCCUUCUUCUCCUCUCCCUGCACGGCACUCCGCCGUGCUCCGCCACGAAUGAUACUCUCACGGCAGGCGCAGCGCUCGCCGUCGGCGACAGGCUCGUGUCGAGCAAUGGCAGGUUCACCCUCGGCUUCUUCCAGCCAAGCUUCGUCAGCAAGUCCGGCAUCAACAUCACCUCUCCCGGUUGGUAUGUUGGCAUAUGGUUCAGUAACAUCUCGGAAUUUACUACUGUCUGGGUUGCAAAUAGAGAUAACCCGAUCACUGAACUCCGGCUGAAUCAGACUCAGCUGAAGCUAUCAGGAGAUGGCAAUCUUGUCAUCUCAAGCAAUGCCUCCAUAAUCUGGUCCACUAACAUUGUCAAUAAGACAGCAGCCACCAUAAACACUACCAGUGCCAUUCUCUCCAAUGAUGGAAACCUUGUGAUAGGAAACUCAUCAGCAUCGAAUGUAUUGUGGCAGAGCUUUGAUAACCCAUCGGAUGCUUUGCUUCCUGGAGCCAAGUUUGGCUGGAACAAGCUCACCAAUGUUACUCGUAAGUUCAUCUCAAAGAAGAACUUGAUUGAUCCAGGUCUUGGCUUGUACUAUGUUGAGCUUGACAACACAGGGAUUGUCCUUAGCCGCAGCAACCCCUAUAAAAUGUAUUGGUCUUGGUCAUCAGAGAAGUCAUCAAAUCAGCUUAUAGAUUUGCUUAAUCAGCUGAUAAACAUAAAUCCACAGACUAAAGGUCGGAUUAGGAUGGCAUAUGUCAAUAAUGAUGAAGAAGAGUACUAUCAGUACAUUUUGUUGGAUGAGUCAUAUUAUGUAUACGUUUUGUUAGACAUCUCUGGUCAGAUCGAGAUAAAUGUUUGGUCGCAAGACAAGCAGUCUUGGCAACAGGUUUAUGCCCAACCUGCUGAUCCCUGCACAGCGUAUGCUACCUGUGGACCUUUCACAAUAUGCAAUGGUAUUGCAAAACCAUUCUGUAACUGCAUGGAGAGCUUCUCUCAACGGUCACCUCAAGACUGGGAGCUUGAUAAUAGAACAGCAGGGUGCUCUAGAAACACUCCGUUGGAUUGCGGUAACACGACAAGUUCAACGGAUGUCUUCCAUGCCAUAUCUCGUGUUGCAUUGCCUACCAACAACCCCCAAAAUGUAGACAAUGCUACCAGUCAGAAUCAAUGUGCACAAGCUUGUCUCAGUUACUGCUCCUGCAAUGCCUAUUCCUAUGUAAAUAAUAGAUGCUCUAUCUAUCGUGGAGAUUUGCUUAGUGUAAAUAGUAAUGAUGGCAUUGAUAAUACUUCUGAAGAUGUUCUCUACCUUCGCCUUGCCGCCAAAGAUAUGCCAAGUUCGAGCAAAAACAAAAGAAAAUCAAUAGUUGGAGUUGUUACAGCUGCAAGCAUUAUUUGUUUCGUGUUGGUAAUGCUCAUGCUGUUCUUACUGAUAUUGAGGAAGAAACUUGGGCUUUGUGGUGCACAACUACAUGACAGUCAAUGCAGUGGUGGAAUUGUGGCCUUUAGAUACGGUGAUUUAUGUCAUGCUACCAAAAAUUUCUCAGAGAAGCUAGGAGGUGGUGGUUUUGGUUCUGUAUUCAAGGGAGUGCUAAGUGACUCCACUAUCAUAGCAGUGAAAAAGCUUGAUGGAGCUCGUCAAGGGGAGAAGCAAUUCAGGGCUGAGGUGAGCUCAAUUGGGUUGAUCCAACAUAUCAACCUAGUCAAAUUGAUUGGUUUUUGUUGUGAAGGUGAUGAGAGGCUACUUGUGUAUGAGCACAUGGUAAAUGGUUCUCUUGAUGUCCAUCUAUUUCAGAGCAAGGAUACUGUCCUAAACUGGACCACAAGGUAUAACCUAGCCAUAGGAGUUGCUAGAGGAUUAUCCUACCUGCAUCAUAGCUGCAAUGAAUGCAUCAUACACUGUGAUAUUAAGCCAGAGAACAUACUUCUCGAUGCAUCAUUUGCUCCUAAAAUUGCAGACUUUGGGAUGGCAGCGUUUGUGGGAAGGAAUUUUAGCCGAGUUUUGACUACAUUUAGAGGAACCAUAGGGUAUCUUGCUCCGGAGUGGAUUAGCGGAGUCGCUGUUACACCAAAGGUUGAUGUUUAUAGCUUCGGCAUGGUACUGUUGGAAAUCCUAUCGGGAAGGAGAAAUUCACAUAAAGUACAUAAUGACGACGACAGUGAUCAGGUUGCCUUUUUCCCUGUGCAAGCCAUUAGCAAGCUUCAUGAGGGAGAUGUGCAAAGUUUGGUUGAUCCUCAGCUAAAUGGUGACUUCAUUCCAGAAGAGGCUGAAAGAGUCUGCAAACUUGCAUGUUGGUGCAUCCAAGAAAAUGAGUAUGAUCGGCCAACGAUGAAUGAUGUGGUCCGGGUUCUUGAGGGUUUACAGGAGCUUGAUAUGCCUCCGAUGCCAAGAUUACUUGCAGCUUUAAUAGACUGCUCUGUUGUGGCUCACCGUGACGAUAGUUCGUAAGUACUUAGUCGAUGUUAAUAAUAUUUGUUUUAGAAAA